CCUUCGGCCAACCUUGGUAUUUGUUUUAUUUUUGCGCAGGAAAAAUGAAUUCAAAUAUUAAAAGUGGUCAGUUAGGUUAGCUACAUUAAAGCACUUUAAAAUAAGCAGAGAAAUAUAAAUAUAUAUAAAUAAACCCGAGGUAUACCGAAGGUGAAUAUUCGGGCGUGUUCGGGCAGGGACAGAACUUGAUGUAAAUCUAUCUCCCUCUGUUUUCUAUGUGUUAAUCUAAAAGCUUCCCAAAAUAAAUGGCGAUGUCCGCUCCAAUGUACAGGUGCAGUUAGGUAGGAAAACAGUCAUGGCUCCUGCUGUAAUGUAUUGACAUUAAACAUCCCUGUGCCUUUUGAGGUCGCCCACCUCAGAAUGGCAGUCUCGUUGGAGGAAGGGAAGGAGCUGUCGCCAGAUGUGUUGCGACAGCUGGUGCUGGGCCAGCUGACGGAGCCUGUUGUCUUCCACGGCCUGCUGCAGUGGCCACUGCUGUCUUGGACGUGGGCCGACUGGGCGGAGAGGAUGGGUGACAGUCGGCUGCCAUUCCGCAAGGGCCGGAGGGGUGUCACCAAAGGCCCCCAGUGGGAGCGGCAGUGCGGCACGGAGCACCUCACGCUGCGGGAGUUCCUGCGGGCGGCCACGGAGCAGGGCGGCGACAGCUGGCUCUACUACGACUACAAGCACAUGGCGGAGCUGACGCGCGACCACCCGGCCGUGGUGGAGGCGGUGUCGUGGGCCAGCUUGGGCUUUCCGGAGAAGACGGGCAGCGACUCGACCUUGUGGAUUGGCAGCACUGGUGCGCACACGCCCUGCCACGCCGACACGUACGGCUGCAACUUGGUGGCUCAGAUCAUGGGCAGGCAACAGUGGAUACUGUUCCCACCUGACACACUUUCCAUUCUGCCGACGAGAGUGCCGUAUGAAGAGUCGAGCAUCUACAGCCAGCGCAACUUCUACAGCCCUGAUCCCAGCAUGGCUGAUGAGCUGCAGGGAGCGCGCGUGGUGACCCUCGGUCCUGGGGACGUGCUGUUCGUGCCGCGAAGGUGGUGGCACUACGUGGAGAACUUGAGCCCGGCCAUCAGCAUCAACGUGUGGCUUCCACUGGAAGACCUAGACGACAAGGCCAGGCUGGAAGAGGCGCUGGUGAGAUUCAUCGUGUCGCAGCUGUGCAAGGACCUCCCGGCUGCCGUCCACUCGUCUCUUCUCAAUCCCAACGAGGACAUGGGGACUGUUGGUCUCGGUUGCAAGGAGGACGUCGCGGACACGCCUCUGUCUGUCACACUGUCCCAGCUCAGGCUGUGCCUGGACAAGUGCAGCGAUGCCGGAGGGAGUUCGAGGGCUCGAGAAGGCCGAGCUGCAGCGAGCACCGUGUGACGCCACGUCUGUUCACAGCAGCUCCGUGCAAGUUGGUGCAGCCGAUGCCUCCGGCCGUGCUCAAGGGUCUCCUCCGAGACAAGAUCACCGCCCUGCAGGGCCACCUUGCGGCAGACCUUCCCGUGAGAAGUUUGUGCUGAAAGUGAACUAUCCAGGAAGCUCAUCGAUGCUUUCUGUCAGCCGGACAUCAUCGCUCAAGUCAGGAAGAACCUGCUUCAUGAUACCUGAAGACAUAUUUAUUGUACUGCAUUAUCAGCAGUGUGUUACUGUCUUGUAAAAAGUAUUGUAUUGCAGAGUAGGGUCAUAAAAUUUAUUUUGAAUAAAACAA